UUUACAAAGGAUUCUGAGUUAAAAUCCCUUUUCGCGAACUAUUUCUAAUGGCAGCAGGAUGCAGCAAAACGUUUACGUCCAAGUUCGAGGAAGAGCUUUACUACGAUGUAGAAUACGAGGAUUUUUGCAAGAAUUUUGAAUUUUCAAAUUCAUCGACCUGUUGGAUUUGUAAUGGUUACUACGGUUCUAGUUAUGGGGAACCACUUUGUGGCACAUGUCACGCUUUUAUCUUUCCGAAUCAUUCGAACGAAGAAGCUGAAGGACUUGUUACAGAGAUCUCGGAUGACGAAGAUUCCGGCAAUGACGAACCACCGGAAAACGGAUCAGAAGCCAAAGAUCGUCCGGAUGAUGAUGAUUCAGAUUAUGAUUUGGAACGACCGCGACCUUCGGCACCAAGGAAUCUGAGCCAGUAUUUAGAUUUACUCUCACAACCUCGCGAGACGGAUGAGUCUCAGCAAAAAAUAUGUUCACUUCCGGUGGAAGUCUUACUAUCAAUUUUUUCCUAUCUUGACGAUCUGUCACUUUGGAACGUGAGCGAAGUAUGCAAACAGUGGAAACGAAUACUAGAGGUACACACCCCACAGCAAAUGUGGCGAAAAUACACUAAAGAACGGUGGCCGCUUUUCCAACAAAUUUCGACUAUUCCUAACUGGCUCCAUAUGUACGGCGCCCUUAUGAACUCGUGUUUCUGCCGAACUUGUCUCAUUCAAAUGGCAUUGAAAACACCGAUGCGCGGUCGAGUAAACCACAUUAGAGCAAACCGUCUACGAAGUGACAUCCGCUCGCUGGAUCUCGACGCAACCGAAGGGAUCGAUGCCGUCGCACUCGAUAACCAACUGUUCCAUUGGCAAGCUUCGAUUCUCGGACCGGCCGGCAGCCCAUACGAAGGAGGAAAAUUUUUCCUCUAUAUUGUGAUUCCUUGCUCGUACCCCAUGCUUCCGCCACAAGUCCGGUUUCUAACGAAAAUUGUACACCCUAAUGUGUCCCGCCACGGAGAUGUUGGCAUCGAUAUCAUUCAGCACAACUGGUCCCUGGCUUUGACCAUCUCCAAAUUGUUGCUGUCGGUUCAGAGUUUAUUGACUGACCCGUUCACACAGAUUUGUAUGGAACCGGAGCUUGGUAGAAUGUACGAAAAUGACCGACCGAAAUUCGAAUCCCUGGCCAGACGUUGGACAUGGAAGUAUGCGAUGUACGAAGUACUGCCGCCACUUGAGGGAUUGCUUUAAGACAAGAAAAACACACAGCUUAAGCAACUGUUACUAUAACUAACCAAGGUGAGAUUUAAGAUUUAAGAAACAUAAUAUAUAAAUCUGCAGAAGUGAAGCAAAACUGCCACAGUGCACGCAUCUGGUAAGUUUGCUGAAAAAAUUCGCCAUCCAAAUUCAAUUCCAGCAGCCUAUUGGUUUUGUAUUGAAAGGAUAAUUCCUUGAAUUUCCCAAAAUUCUUGGUGUUGAACCGUACUUUCCGCUAAAGUUUAGUCAUUAGUUCGUGCUUACAAAAGUCGUUAUUUCAUUUAUUUAAUUUAUUGUGAAGCAAAGUCAAACAACGAACGUAUUGAAAUUUUUUUUAACUGAACGCAAUUGUAAUGGAGUUCAAAAUGAAACUUAAAUGCUACUAAUUGGCUGCAGGGAUGCCCUGUUAGAAGAUACUGAUCAAUUUUUCGAUGUGACUGAAUUAUGAAUUAAUAAAGUGAU